UCAUUCUAGCAAGUUCUCGACUAUAGAGAAAGCAGAGAAGACGAGUCGGGCCUUGGUCGACAGCUGCAUCGUUGCACACACUUGACCACCGAAGCUAUCACCUCCGACCAGCCAAAGCACACGAACGUGUUGCGUUCACUAGCCAUGUCCAAUAGCUAUUUCGGUCAACCACGGACAGGUGGAUUGUUUGACUCUUCAAGCACAAGUACCACCCCUGCUUCAGGUUCUGGUGGCUUUGGUUCAACAGCGCCUGCUGCAAGUUCAAAACUCUUUGGCCAUGCGAAUACCGGCACAUCAAGUUCGAGUCGUGGACUCUUUGGCUCUGCGAAUACCGGCACAUCAGCUUCGAGUCCUGGUCUCUUUGGCCCUUCGAAUACAGGCCCGUCAACUUCGAGUCGUGGCCUCUUUGGCUCCACAAAUCCAAGCACCUCUGGCCCUGCGAAUACCGGCACGUCAACUUCGAGCCGUAGUAGCUUCUUUGGCUCCACAAGCCCAAGCGUCACUCCUCCUAUCUCGAGCUCUGGUACUCCUGCGACUUCUAGUGCCAAUGCGAACAACCAAUCAGCGAAGCCUCUGUCACGCGAGCCUGAAGACCUGAAGCCUUAUCGUAUAGCCGAGCCGUUCGACCCCAGCAGUCCGGUCAUCACUGUGAAAGUGGGAACAUCAGCAACAGGCACUGCCACUUUCCACGUACAUCAAGAGAUUCUGCGUCGUACCUCCGACUUCUUACGGGCGAAGAGCAAGGAGGUCUGGUCUGAGCCUGGUCGCGCGGUCGAAAUUCCGAACCACUCACCAGCAAUCUUCAGACUGUACGUGAACUGGGCAUACUCUGGCUUGAUACAUCUCGCCAAGAAGCCGGAAGAAUCAGCGGAUAGGUCUGAAGCUCAAUCCGAUUCCAAGCGACCCACAGUAGAAGAGGUUAUCGAUGAGUCUCAGACUGAAACUGAAUCAAACUCCGUCAAGGACAGCGAAUUCACCGAGAAGUCACCCGAGAAGUGUCAAGCCAAGCCUCAAUCGGUCAUGCAAGACGAUGACAACGCUUGGAUUAUCCUCGCGAAGGCAUACGUUCUAGGAGAGGAACUAAUUGAUGCCAAGUUCAAAAAUGACAUCCUGGCCACCAUGAGAUUCAAGCAGUGGUCCGUCGAUAACGAAACCAUCAAGCCUUUGAUGGGCAGAUUGUCGAACAUCAUCUACAGUGGGACGACGGGGGGCUCUGACGCACGUAAAUUUCUUGUGGAUCUUUACUAUGCUCGUGUCACGAAGGCAGAGCUGAUGCACAAGAAGGGCUCCUUGAUUCAGGACUUUGCGUUCGAUGUGCUGAUCGCUAAAAUUCCUUGAGGUGGCGAGAGAGAAGGCUUGUAACGUCGCGGAGUCCAGUCAAAUGCGCCUCGAGGGGCAAUGGAGAACUGACAGCUGAUGGGUUGACUGUUGGGAACCACUCGCAUGUCGAAAGCUUUGGAGGCAAAGAAGCCUGAGACUUGGUCGAGCUUGCUUGGUGUGCAAUAUUAUCAAGAAGUAGUCAUUCAGCCCACCCACUUAGAAAGCUUUGACGCUAGUGAAGGAUUGAAUAUUUGUCCAAUGAUAAUCGAUAC